ACACACACGCCCUUCUGCGCGCAACAGGUAACCGAACCAGGAAGCGCUCGUGCCUUUGGAUACAUUCAAUUCAACAUGCAGGAUACGAAGAUUUUAUCCAAAAAAGGACUUUUUUAAAUACAUGCUUUAUUUUGGGAAAGUUUAGGAGCAAUUUCGGACAAGGAUGGGCUCGUGUUUGGUUGCUGUUUUUAUCGGACUAAUUUUAAUGCAAGUUCACACCAACUCAGAGUGUUAUCAACUUGAUGUGAAAGCUGAUCGUGGCACAGUAGUAAUCUUCAGAAGAAAGGCUGAUCAGGCUUCAGACUGUAGUGUAUGUACGGGUGAAGGUUCAUCUCAGAGCUGUGAAUCAGAACUGAGACUUAAAGGUCCUGCGGUCGCCACCUUAAACUUCAACUGCACCCAGCCUGGAGACGUCUAUACUGUGGAGAUCAAUCAAGACAUUGAUUGCGCGUCAAAAGCUUGCAGAAACAUUAAUCCCGUGCAUCCGGAUUCAACGCGCUUCCUGAACUUUACCAGAACCUUCACAUGGGAUGUAAAGGUUCAGCUAACUCAGAUGAUCCAGCUGGAUUUCCCAGCUCCAGGAAUGAGGCAGAUCAAACCCUCAGAACAAUGUUUGAACAAGCAUACUUACACCAUUAUUACCUACCAGCGCUCAGGACCCACCACCAUCGGCACAUUUUGUCGGAAUGGUACAGUCAAUCGUAUCCAGAUCUUGUACAGGGGCCGUGUAUCUCUAGAGGUUGCCAAAGGCACAAACCUGAUCCCAUCAGACUUCAAAAUGUCCGCCGGAUCAGAGACAAAAGCAUUGUUUGAGGUGGACGCUAAGCUGCCGAGAGGAGAGUCGUCUGAAGACUUCUUUACACCAAACUACGCUACAGGCUUCUUCAGGGAAUACAAAAUAAAAUGGAAUUUUGCCAUUGAGCCCUUGCAUAAUUUUACUGUUAAAUAUCUUGAUAAAACUGAGCCUGAAUGUGAAAGAGGAGCUGUCUCACUUGACUAUUUCUUUGAAGACACGACUGUGAUUACAAGGACUUUAAAGGAGGACCCACCGGUCAAUAAACAGGGAAGUUUCGACGUGACUCUGACCAGUUGUGAUGCAAAGAAAAAUCUUGCUGGUCUUCUUUUAAACUUCGAAGUGUCCGUGUUCAGAGGUGGAAUUCCAAGUCUCUGUACCGUGGAUCUUCAGAAAGAGGGAUUGAGUCUGCAAAUAGAAAAGAGAAACCCGCAGUCGUACUGUGAAAUGAAAAUGAAUUCUGUGGUCCAGGAGAAAAUCGUGGUACCCACGGGAAGCAAGGCUGAGUUGUCUUUUCUCGACUGCACCGCUGAGGAUCUCCAGCUGAUGGCCACCAAAACCAUCGACUGUUCUAGUGGUUCUGAGUGUGCUGUAGACGGGACUGCAUUAACCAUACCAACACUGGACACUUGUCUUCCUGCUCCUCUUCAUCAGUUUACUUGGCUUCUUCGUGUACCGGAUCAAGGCUCAGUAAAUCUGAAUUCUCCUCUGGGAAACCUGCAUCAGUCGGUACCAGACAGAGAAUGCGAUGAAAAGAUCUCGCUCCUGGUCUCUGAGAAUAACGACUCUAACAUCGGCAAGUUUUGCUUUGUUGGAGAAGGCGCUAUCCAAAAAAUCCAGAUUAUUGGAAAUGCUUCCAUUACUGCAACACCCAAAACCCCAAAAGACCUGAGCCAGGUCAACAUGCCUUCCUUAAACGCCAUCCUUAAUCCACAAAUCUUAAAGAACACAGUCUGCAUAGUUUCACCACUGGUUACGAGACCCACAUAUCUCACGACACCCAACUGGCCGGAUGGUAUGAUGCCAUCCUCCAGUGUGAAGUGGCUCGUGGCGGUUCCCGACGAUUACCAGGCGGACAUCGCGUUUGACGUCACUAAACCCAAGUGCGACUCAGGCCACGCCGCAGUCGAGAUAGAGCCGUUUAUGUCGCAGGAGCCCAAGCCGCUGUCCUGGAAUGAGGAUCAAAAGAUACCAUCCACAAUCAUUCAACAACAAAGCUUCUACCUUAACAUGUACAAUUGUGAACCUAAAAGCGGAAAAUUUGCUGUGCUUUCGAAAAUCACACUGCAGAAAGAAACCAAGAAGAUUCUGGGAAUUAUCUUGGGAAUAGUCGGAGCACUGCUGCUCCUGCUGAUCAUCGCAAUUAUUGCGAUUUGGUUUGUUCGAAAGAAAAAGAAACCUAGGGCCAACAGAUCCUCCAUCUUUAUGCCCAAAGGACAACCCUUCCUGCCGGGUAACGCCACCUUCCCUAAAAGCAGAGCAGACAACGAGUCUCACGUUUACGCCUCCAUUGAGGACCCAAUGUCAUACGGCGGUCUACUAAACAAGGACCAAACUAUGGUGGACGGUGACACCGGAGCCUGGACCAACGGACAUCAGGUGGACACGUACCAUCCGUUCACUGGACCCACAGACCCCGUGCCGGCGGUUCCUGAAUCUUCCCUUGAUAGAGGAGAUGGAAGAGCGGGGAACCAGGCCUAUCAGCCUUUCCUAAACCCAACCAGCACCUUUCUUCCUUCGAGACCUCGUUCGCCGCUGAUAUCGCAGAGCAGCUUGGGAUUCGAAGACCACAGGAUGGCAAAAAAUGAGUUGAACACUUUUAAGGGCGCUGGAGAUUUAAAUCCCAUUCGUUUAUCCACUGAUGAAUCCAGAUUACAACCGCAGCAAGACUCCGAUUCGGAUUAUUUUCCUGAGCCUGAAUAUGAGGAGGCCACAUACUGAUGACUGUGGUAACUUCUGCAGGUGACCACAUCAAAUCUGUGUCGGGUGAGCAAAGACCCAUCAGCAGUGAGUCAACAUGCAUGUACGCCCAGACAGUGUUUUUCUGAUGAGAAAUGUUGACCAAACUCUUUCUCUGCCAAAGUGGUCAACACCUGCAUUUUACGAUUUUAAAAGAUUUUUAUUUUAUUGCCUGAAUGUACAGAAUAAAUGCUCUUAUUGGAGCGGUUUGUGAACUGAAACCCCUCAGGGAAGUUUGGAAAGACCCUUCAGAUCUGUUUUGGACAUUUGUGGUGGUUUAACUUGCAUUGUAUUUCUCAUUUAAAUCUUGCUAUUCUGUAUAUUUUCAUUGUGUGUUCUUAAAAUAAAAUUUCAGAUGUUUUAAUAUACUUUUGUCUCUGUUCAGGAUAUAUAUUUAAGAGUUUGAUCAACCACAAUUACCCUAAUAGUUUUAUUGGCUGUAACAGGAGAUAUUUCCCAAACUCAGGGCCGGAUCCGGCCUGAAGUCAUCUGCUGUCUUGGUUUGGGGAAUAUUCAUACAAUUUUCAUAAAAUUAGAGCGGACCUGCCAUUCUCCAAGCACAAAAGUGACGUGCGUGUUGCAUUUCCAAAUCUUUUAAGUCAUGUGGUUUGGUCUGUUUGUCACACAAAGUUAUCGCAUGCUGCUUUUAACUGAAAAUCCUGCAUGUUUACCUUUUACUUUUUUUAUUAAUUAGGGGUGGGACAAUAUAUUCUCCUUGCAAAGUGAGAGUGCAUUGAUAUGCUGGUGCAAAAUAUUGAAAUUGUCAUUAAAGAGCCCCUAUUUGGUUGCUAAAAACGUUAUUUGGUGUAAAACAAUGUGUUUGGGUGGUUUAUUAUUAAAAAAAUCUAAUUUUCCUCAUACAAUAAAUUUUUGAAGCUCCAGAUAUCCCUGCCUUCCUCAAAUGCUCUGAUUUUGUACAAAGCUCACCGAUCUGAAAAGCGAUGUGUCCUCCGAUUGGCCAGCUUAUUUGUAAGUUGUGAUUGGCCUGAAUACCUCAGGAAAUGUGACGCUGCUUACCAUGUUUGAAAGAUUCGGUCACCAUGCAAUGCUAACAGAAGCUAAUAUUGUCUUUACUACGUUAUCAAUACGUACCAAGUACGAAAGUUUGUACAAAAAUGUAUGAAUUUUAUAGUGCAUUCAUAUGAAUUAGCAACUUUGUAAAAUAUGUAAAAAUGUCCAUGUUUAUGGCAAUGUAACUGGAUAAAAAUUUCACAUUUAACGUGUUAGACGAAUGAUUUGUGUUGCUUUCAUUUAGGCCUACUUAACGCACAAUGAC